AUGUCUAUACAAACGCCGCAAAUGCAGCCCAACUCCGGACCCAAUGUCUCCAACAGUUCGCAGUCGUCGUCGGGCGGGCCCUCCCAGGGAGGAGUCGUGUCGACCCCCACCUCAGCCGAUGCCUGUCUCUCGAUUGUCCACUCUUUGAUGUGUCACCGACAGGGAGGUCUGUAUCACUGCCACAAGUCGUCUGUGCUACCGGUGCCCCAGUCACCACCACAUACAGGUGCCAUUGUGUCCCUCGACGGCGAGAGCGAGGGGUUCGCCAAACGGGCGAUCGAGUCGUUGGUGAAGAAGUUGAAGGAGAAGAGAGACGAAUUGGAUUCACUGAUCACUGCCAUCACCACCAAUGGGGCGCAUCCGUCCAAAUGUGUGACCAUUCAGAGGACACUCGACGGUCGCCUCCAAGUGGCCGGUCGUAAGGGCUUUCCUCACGUCAUAUACGCGCGCAUCUGGCGAUGGCCUGACCUCCACAAGAAUGAACUCAAACACGUGAAGUACUGUACGUCUACGCCAUCCACUUGUCAAUUCGCUUUCGACCUCAAGUGUGACUCCGUUUGCGUGAAUCCCUAUCACUACGAACGGGUGGUCUCUCCGGGUAUCGAUCUGUCGGGUCUCACACUCACCGGACACGACGAGGAGGUGGGCCUCAGGAGUCAAGUGAAGGCCGAAUAUGUUUCCGGUGGUGCGAACGUGCCAUCACUGGAACACAUGCAGCACGUGGUCCAACACCAUCCACACCCACAUCCUGGUGCUCAUCCAUCGCAACAUCACAUUCAGGCUCAACCACCGCAUCCGUCUGUAUCGCACGCCUCACUCAUUACUCCUUCCACGACAUCCACAUCAAUGUCGCCGUCGAGUAACGACUCGUUCUCAAGACUGAUGCCAAACACGCCCUCCAGUGCUGACUACAUCUCCGUGUCGUCGCCACAAUCGGUGGCCUCGCCUUUGGUACCAAUAGUCCCGCCGCAGACCCCCGAAGCGCCACCGAUUCCCCAGUCAGUGGCGCCGGUAAUGGGCGCUAACGUGGGCUCCGCUCCGAUCUCAGCCAACGCUAUAACACCGAACGGCAGCACCUGUUCGUGGGCCGGAGGGGCGACCCUUUCGUACACUCAGACAAUGGUUCCGACGGACACACCAUCGCGUCCGGCGACUGGCCUGUCGUCCACCUCUUUCUGGCAGCCCUCACAACUGCCGCCCACCGAAGCCAUCAAUUCUAUACCUCAGACCACACUAUCAAACCAACCGCCGCCAGAGUACUGGUGCUCUAUCGCGUACUUCGAGUUAGACCAACACGUGGGCGAGACCUUCAAAGUGCAAUCCAGUUACGUGUCCGUCAUUGUGGACGGGUAUGUGGACCCCAGUGGUGGCAAUCGGUUUUGUUUGGGCGCCCUCUCCAAUGUGCACCGGACUGAACAGAGCGAUAAGGCGCGCCUACACAUCGGCAAAGGCGUUCAGCUCGACCUGAGAGGCGAAGGAGACGUAUGGCUACGAUGUCUGUCCGAUCAUUCCGUCUUCGUUCAGAGCUAUUACUUGGAUCGGGAGGCGGGGCGGUCUCCCGGGGACGCCGUGCAUAAGAUCUACCCGUCGGCUUACAUCAAAGUUUUCGAUUUGAGACAAUGUUAUCGCCAAAUGCAACAACAGGCCCACACGGCUCAGGCGGCCGCCGCAGCCCAGGCCGCCGCUGUCGCCGGACAUAUUCCAGGGCCCGCUUCGGUCGGGGGGAUCGCACCCGCAAUCAGUCAGUCCUCCAGUAGUCUCUCGGCUGCGGCCGGCAUUGGUGUCGACGACUUGCGUCGGCUCUGCAUCUUAAGGCUGUCGUUCGUGAAGGGUUGGGGUCCCGACUACCCGCGCCAGAGCAUCAAAGAGACCCCCUGUUGGAUAGAAGUACACCUCCAUAGGGCCCUCCAACUGCUG